AUGUAUGUUUUAACCAAACAUGACGAUAGUCUAUCUCUUACAUCUCCUUCAUUAACUAAUUAUUUGGAAUCCAAGUUAACAAGAUCAACCAAGAUACUCAAGCGCGUGGACAGCGUGGCGGAAGGAUUAACCGAGACACUCAAUCGUGUGGACAACGUGGCGAGAGUCGCUGAUUGGGUGGUUUCUCUUCAAGGUGAUCGAAUUCGGCCAGAAAACCCUUUUGAUCAACAAGUUAUUCGGAUGAAGAUCAAGCCACAGACACAAGAGUCACAAGAGAGUCUGAUUAAAUUAACAGGUGAGGCCGAAUCAGUCUACCACACUGUCCACGGGAAAUCUGGUAAUACCUUCUUUGUAAUAUUCUUUAUUGUUCGCAAUUUAACUAAUCAACUUGUCUCACUCAAACGAUGUUGCACCAAAAACCCAAUACCCUCAACCCACAGAUUUCUUGUAGCAGGUCGGAUCUGUAAACCGUCGAUGGUUGAGUCCUUCCUGCUAACAUCUUCAUCUUUGUAUGAUCUUGUCGUGAUGUCUUCCAAUCAAUCCAACCUCUACAGCGACCCGCCGAUCGAUUCAUUGAGUUCUGCUAGAUCGCUUCGUAUCAUUCAUGACACUGAUGUCGUUGGUAUUCUCUCAAAAAAAGAGAUGCUCGUUAUCCAAUCUCUUGUCCGCAGGCAUGCUCGCGUCUUGAUGUGUUGCCAAACAAACGCUUCAGCCAUCCCACCUUCUCUUUCGGAAGCCGAGCUGCGUGGUUUUAUAGAGCGCUUUCCAGCCGGAGACCCACUUCCUCAUGGAACGUCUGUGGCUUUGAUCGAUGUUACGGACUUCUUCAAAACGGGUGUUCAUAUGAACGACAUAGGCUUCGUCGAGACUGAAGACGACUUGAAGAGAUGGGGUCUUCGACGCUUUUCUUUCGACUGGGAUGCCAACAUAGAAGACCGUGUCAACGCCUCACUUUGCGAACUAUUCUGGAUCUCUUUCUACUGUGCGAUCCAAUCCGAGUAUUAUAGAUUCACUAUCAACCCACAUGUCCUCAGCCGCGCAUACGUCUUGCCUGUGUUGUCGGCCCACUUCAGGCACCUCCGUUCGAUGUAUCAUACUCAAUGCAACAACCAAGAUGUGAUCAAUUAUCAUUUCAAGAUAGAAGAAAAACAAAACGCAUGGAAAGAUUACUCGGACUAUUUGAUCAAGUCGGGUGCUCCUGAAGGGAUAGUUUCGAUCUUCCAGCCCAGAAACUUCUGGGUGAUGGGCGAUAGAACCAAUGUCAGAGUCUCGGUCGGUAACCGUGUAGUCGAAGAGGUGCACGUGAUCAUACCUCGAUGGUGGUCAGAAGAAACACUUCGCUUGAUGGAAGUUAUCGAAAAACAUUUACAAUCUCGUGCGAACUCCCACCAUCACUUUCCUGGAUCUGGUCGUACUCCUCGUCGAUAUGUCGCAAGCUCCUCAAUGGACUAUGGAUUCAUCCCUCGACACCUUCCAGCCGACAUGUAUAGCAAAGAGCUCAAGGAAUCUCUCCCACCGAGUGAACUUUGGGACCUUAAAAUGAAGCCCAACGUACUGCCAUCCAUCAAUCGAAUGGAACGCAUUUUCGCCGCUCAUGAGCUCGACUUCUUUAAUCCAAAUCAUGAUUUAGCUCAAGAUGAAUAUUACACAAGUGACGAUGAUCUUUCUACCGAUGAACUCGAAGAAAGCGAUAAUGAAGGUGCUCUAGUGAUCUCUCGCCCCGAUACGGAACUUAAACAACUCGAACGUUCCCUCCAAUCGCAAAUCUCGAAGUUACAAGAUGAAUUCAAGAAUGCCAAUGCGGUUCUAUCGGGUUUCCAGGGUGAAGUUCUCAACUUGAUGCCGGCGCGCUUGGCGGAAUUGGAAGAGGCAAGGGUUGACAUUGGAAAGAUAAAUGAAAAACUUAGAUUUUACGAGAAAGAAUUGGAAUCAGCGCCAAAGCAAUCGACUUCAAGCGCAACUAACCAGGAUUCUUGA